AUGGCUGAAUUGGCUCUCCGCACUCGGGAUCAGCCUGAUAUUCGGGCGCGGAUCAGCAUCCACGAUGAGUCUCCCAAUGACAUCAAAGAGCUCCUGAUUGCCGCCGACCAGACGCAGAGAGCUCUGCGGUCGAAGCAGUCGUGGACCCCUCCUGAAGCAUUUGGAUCUCUGCAUCGAGCUGCGUUACGCAAAGCCAGGACGCUUCCUUAUCCUUAUCGACCAGGCCACUUCAACGAUCUCCCCGCCUCAGACCCUCUGCCCUGUCCGCUGAAUCGAUCAAACAGUCUCAACUCCUUGUCAACCAUACAACGAGAGACAGAAGCUGCUUCGUUAAGCCUGUACAGAGGCUCGCCUAUCUCUGCAAUCAGUCCUCCAUGUGUCCCGCCGUCGGCGCCGUCAUGGACACCCGACGUCGAUUACGAACUACAAGAUCCAUGCCCCCCUCGGCCCCCACUGAGGGUAGAAACUCUCAGUCAGCAACGCAAAUAUCAGAAGCGUCUAAGGAAGCUUAUGAAAAAGGAGGAGAAGGAGCAGCUCAAGGCGCAAAAGGAGGAGGAACAAUUACGCCGCGCGACUCUGGCUGCUGAAGUUGCUGCUUCACGGAGGAAUGCGGCAUCCAGAGGAGAGGCAAUCCCACUGCGCACCAAAAGCACUAGGAGCAUUGCUUCACAAGUAGUCAAGAGCUUGAGCUUGAAAAGUCCAUUGACCAAACUCAGUCGCCAUGUCAAGAAAGACAGGUCGGACCCGCCAACAUUGGAUGACUUUGACAGCAAGCAAGAGUUUCGCGACUACCUCAACCCUUCCCUUCCGCCAUUGGCACCUUCACCCGCGCCAUCAGCCGAAAUUGCUGAGCUCCCUGCCGAACUGCCGCAGUAUACGCCGUUUCAAGACUCGACGAGGACUCAAAAGAAUGAACCUGUUGUUCUUUUGGAAGACGCCCGUGCCGUGAAAGAAAAGGACAAUUUGUCGCCCGUCGAGAAUGACAUUGCAAGGGCGAACAAUUUUCGUCCGACACCAAGAUCGAUGAGGUGCGAUUCAUGUAAGAGCCCUAUCCGUCUGCAUCAGGUCUACUAUCACUGCUCAAUUUGCGACAAUGGCGACCGCAUAUUGUGUUCUUCGUGUGAUCAAGCUGGCUGGAGCUGUCGUCAUAACCUUACGGAAAGGGUUCGCAGUGUAUCUCGCCCGGUCGCUUCCCAGAAAGCGGAUGUCACCAACUCGGAUGGAGAGCAAAGUCGGUCAGAGGCACAACAGUAUGCCACAGCCAUGUGGGGGUUGAACUUGCCAAAUCUCCCCGCUCACCCGAGUCGAUGGACUGAGUCGCCGGCUGAAGCAACAAUGUCUGCGGAUAGUCCAUGGGCAUACAACGACAUUCUAGAACAGAAGAAAUUACACGAUGAUCAACCGCGGGGCGUACGCCCUUCUCAGAGAUCUGAUGAUGCAAGAGAGCUUGAUUUCCGUCGACGCGAACAAGACAUGGUCUUCCGCGAAAAGGAGGUCACCUUACGAGAACGGGAGGCUGCUAUGCGAGAGCAGCAGGCCUCGAUCAGGGAGCAGGAGGCCGCUCUCCACGUGAAACAGCAGAUGUUUACCCUACAUGUGCAAUCAGCCGUUGUAAGACGAAUGUCGGAACUCUCGGCUGGAGUUGGUGCGCAGUUCCAAGAUCUGUCCCAGGAUGACAAGAUAAGGACUCAUGCCACUAAACGCAAAGCGGGGGCCAGGCAUGCAAUGGUCUCUCCUUCUAAUUCUACCGGCUCGAAUCACAAGUCUUCACCAACGCGUACGCCGAGCGGUGGACAAGACCCAGACGAAGAGGAUGAGGAUGCCACAGGAGGGACACCGAAGAAGAUCAAACAGGACCCCGAAUCGCUGGGAACAUCAGAGAAGCUAUUCGCUUGUCCGUUCUCCAGGUACGACAAAUCGAGAUAUUCGGAACAGAAUACGCAUGAGAAGCACUACCGGGGCUGCUCGAGUGGAUAUUGGCCUGACAUCUCGCGCCUUAAGCAGCAUCUUUACCGUGUCCAUUGGCGACGGAUUCAUUGCAUUCGUUGCUUUACGAAGUUCGACCGCAAAGACCAACUGGAGCAGCAUGUCCGGGGCGCGGCGCCCUGUGCGCUUGUUGAAUGCCCAUUCCCAGAGAAGUUUGAUGAGGUACAAUACAACGAGAUUCGGCGCAAGCGACCGGCCAGCACUCCGGAGCAGGUGUGGUACAUGAUCUAUGGUAUCCUGUUUCCAGGGGUACAGCAGCCGACAAGUCCAUACGCCGAUAAUAUGGACCUGCCUUCUGCACGCAGCCCAAGACCAGCUGAAACUCAGGACACAAUGGAUGUGCUUGGAGCAGUCUUCGAAUCCCGCUUGGAUCAGCUCACGGAUGCUCCAGGUCAGGGUUGGCUUCGGUCCGCGGAAGUGCGCCAACUUAUUCGUGAGCAGCUGAGAGCAUCCAUGACCGACGUUCUCCAGCGAUUGAGACCUGUCAACAGUCCAUCUCUUGGGAACCCGUCUGUCGAAGUGUCGCCCUUUUCAGCCCAACCGCCGGAUUCAGCCCGACGCAGCUCAAUAUCUCUGACCCCUGCGUCCUCCAUCCCGCCUUCGCCUGUCCAUGAUCCUGGUUCCGCGAGCAGGAAUGGGGUCGACUCACACUUUCUUUUGCCUGGUCAUCGCCAAAGCUUCAGCCGUCCAUUCCCGGCUAGGAUGGCACCAAAGCUUAAUGCACCACAACCUGCUCAGAACGCUCAAAAUGUGGAAGAGUCAUCCUCCGGGGUGACCUUUCCUGUUCCUCUGGUAGUUGAUCCAGAGAAUGACCAGUAUGAUGAGGAGUGCAACAGCUGGAGCCACGGAGACGAGCUCGGACUUGCCAUUUCGACAAAUGCAAUGGCGGGCGAAUUCGACUUUGACUUUGCCUCUGCGUUCGAGGAGCUGAACAAGAUGCAGUGUGUCUCAAUGCCACUGCCGGGCUCCGAAUUCAAUCCGGUUAAACUGUCCAGCUUGAAUGAAUCUUCUGGGGAAGCGUCGACAGGAACCUCUCACCUAAAACCCAAGCAUUCCACAACGUCGUCCGUCGACUCUGGUUACGGCAGUCUCGGUCACGCCUCGUCUUCGGCAUCAGCGUCCUCUUCGACGACCGCAUCUAGGACACCGACAAAAUCCAAAUCAGCACACAAAGCUGGGAAAAACAAAGGCAAACGGAAAGCACCGGGGUUCACUAAAGAAACAAGUCCUGUGCCGGAGUCGGCGAUCAAUUUUGAUGCUUUGAAUACUCCAUUCCAAGACUUCUCGGGUGCCAAUUUGGAUCUUGAGGAUGCGAUAGGUGAGUUUACAUUCGGAAUAGGAAUGGGCGAUGGAAAUGUGGGUGAGAUGAAUCACCGUCCUUAUUUGGAUACGUCGUACCACCGCGAUUUUCAGGAAGCCGGGUGA